AAACUCUAACAUCGAAGCCCUCCCAGACAAAGAAAGGCUCUGUUUAGAUUUUAGAGAGUGAAAGAGAGCGAGAAAGCUAGGCGGAGUUUAACUUUUGAAGUACGCGCGAUGGCCGGCUCUUGGAGAGCACGCGGUUCUCUCGUUGUGUUCGCUAUUGUCUUCUUCGGUGGUCUAUUUGCUCUUUCGAUUGCGAAAGAGGAAGCUGCUAAGUUGGGAACAGUUAUUGGAAUAGACCUUGGAACAACAUAUUCUUGUGUUGGUGUUUACAAGAACGGCCAUGUGGAAAUUAUAGCCAAUGACCAAGGAAACCGUAUUACCCCUUCAUGGGUUGCUUUCACCGACAGUGAGAGGCUGAUUGGUGAGGCUGCAAAGAAUCAGGCAGCUGUUAAUCCCGAAAGGACUGUCUUCGAUGUCAAGAGACUUAUUGGAAGAAAGUUUGAGGACAAAGAAGUCCAGAGGGACUUGAAACUUGUUCCUUACAAGAUUGUGAAUAAGGAUGGAAAGCCUUAUAUUCAAGUCCAGGUUAAGGAUGGUGAGACCAAGGUCUUCAGUCCUGAGGAAAUCAGUGCUAUGGUGCUGACUAAGAUGAAGGAAACAGCAGAAGCAUUCCUUGGGAAGAAGAUAAAGGAUGCUGUUGUUACAGUUCCUGCCUACUUCAAUGACGCCCAGAGACAAGCUACAAAGGAUGCCGGUGUUAUUGCUGGAUUGAAUGUUGCAAGAAUUAUCAAUGAACCAACAGCAGCUGCCAUCGCAUAUGGUUUGGACAAGAAAGGUGGUGAGAAGAAUAUCCUUGUCUUUGACCUUGGUGGUGGGACAUUUGAUGUCAGUAUCUUGACAAUCGACAAUGGUGUUUUUGAGGUUCUUUCAACAAAUGGAGACACUCAUUUGGGAGGUGAGGACUUUGAUAUGAGAAUUAUGGAGUACUUCAUUAAAUUGAUCAAGAAGAAGCACGGAAAGGAUAUCAGCAAGGACAACAGGGCUCUUGGCAAGCUCCGGAGGGAAAGUGAACGUGCCAAGAGAGCUCUCAGCAGUCAGCACCAGAUUCGUGUUGAGAUUGAAUCACUUUUUGAUGGUGUUGAUUUUUCUGAGCCACUUACCAGGGCUAGGUUUGAGGAGUUGAACAAUGAUUUGUUCAGAAAGACCAUGGGACCUGUGAAGAAGGCAAUGGAAGAUGCUGGAUUACAGAAGAGCCAGAUUGAUGAGAUUGUUCUUGUUGGUGGCAGCACUAGAAUUCCAAAGGUUCAACAGCUUUUAAAAGACUACUUUGAUGGAAAAGAACCUAACAAGGGUGUCAACCCCGAUGAGGCAGUUGCUUAUGGUGCUGCUGUUCAAGGUGGCAUCUUGAGUGGAGAGGGUGGUGAUGAGACCAAAGACAUCCUUCUGUUGGAUGUGGCUCCACUCACUCUUGGUAUUGAAACUGUUGGUGGGGUGAUGACUAAGUUGAUCCCCAGAAAUACUGUAAUUCCAACCAAGAAAUCUCAAGUCUUCACUACUUAUCAGGACCAGCAGACUACUGUCUCCAUUCAGGUCUUUGAGGGUGAAAGGAGUCUCACAAAGGAUUGUAGGUUGCUUGGGAAAUUCGAUCUUAACGGAAUUGCUCCAGCUCCUAGGGGAACCCCUCAAAUUGAAGUCACAUUCGAAGUUGAUGCCAAUGGUAUCCUAAAUGUCAAGGCCGAAGAUAAGGGCACUGGAAAAUCAGAGAAGAUCACCAUCACAAAUGACAAGGGACGCCUCAGCCAAGAGGAGAUUGAACGGAUGGUUCGUGAAGCAGAAGAGUUUGCUGAGGAAGACAAGAAGGUGAAGGAGAAGAUUGAUGCCCGUAACAGCCUUGAGACCUACGUCUAUAACAUGAAAAACCAGAUUAACGACAAGGACAAGCUUGCUGACAAGCUCGAGUCCGAUGAGAAGGAAAAGAUCGAGACAGCCACAAAGGAGGCUCUUGAAUGGCUCGAUGACAACCAGAGUGCCGAGAAGGAGGACUAUGAGGAGAAGCUUAAGGAGGUUGAAGCUGUUUGCAACCCAAUCAUUACUGCCGUAUAUCAAAGAAGCGGUGGAGCUCCAGGUGGUGGGGCAUCAUCAGAGGAGGACGAUUCACAUGAUGAACUGUGAGAAUCUUUUAGUUUGAUUGACCACUACUGCCAGGAAUAUAGGGGGCAAAAUUUGAGAAAAUAGUGUUAGGGUAAUGUGAGAGGAAACUUACUGUAAUUUUUCAGAAGUCAAGGGAGAGGAACUUCCCCUUCGCUUGUUUUUUGGAUGUGAAGAAUACUUUUAAAAUAUCCUAUUUUAUUGUUUUUACUAUUGGUAUUUGUUUUAAUAUCAGUUAAACUUUUGUUCUA